UUAAAAAUGAUAAUGACAGUUGUUUGUUUGUAAACUUGGCAAUACGCUAACAAGAAUUUUAAUAUUUAUAAGAGGUUUAUUGUGUAAAACGCUUUAAGUUUGUAUAUAACGUUGUAAUGGAUUACGAUGAUGACGAGGGAUGCGGCAUCCGCAACGUCUUUCGAUCGUUUGUGUGCGUGGCGCUGACACUGCUACUGGGGCUGCACGUGUACUCCUACCUGUGGGGCUCGCAGGACACAAUCGAGGGGGACUUCGGGGAUAUCAAAUACAUGGUUAUGCAACUAACACAGGGUCUAUCUGAGAUGAACCGUGAACAUGAACGUAUCCGCAAUGAAUUGGAGAGGAUGUCUUCCGCGCUGCCCGCGAUGACUGCGGCGUCGGGCCGCGUAAAGGACGCGUUGGAGCCCACACGCCGACACACCCGCCAGCUGAUGGAUAUGGGCGACUACGAUCGACAGAUAGCAGAUUACGCUCUGGAGUCCGCCGGAGCUCGUAUAAUCGACACUGGAGAGACGCAAGAGUACGCGAUCUACGAAUCAUCAGUGGGUUGGGCGCUGCACGCGGUUAGUUCGUUGCUCUGCCGCGAGUGCCCCGGCGCCUCUGCCAUCCUGCGUCCCGGCACACUACCCGGUGAGUGCUGGGCUUUCCGCGGCUCUCGGGGCGAAGCCACUAUACGUCUCGUGGGUUCCGUCCACGUCACCGGCAUCAGCGUUGAACAUAUACCAGCGCAUAUCUCGCCAACAAAAGAAAUAUCAUCAGCGCCGCGUCUAUUCCAGCUAGAAGGAUUGUCGCACCGUGGGGACUUACAUCCACACGACUUUGGCAGUUUCGAGUACGAUAAAGACGGUAAGCCUAUCCAGUACUUCGAAGUGCAGCAGCCGGCGGCAGUAGGUUACCACGUCGUAAGAUUCAAAGUGUUCUCCAACUGGGGCCAUUCGAUGUACACUUGUGUGUACCGAGUCAGGAUACACGGGGAAUUGGCGCCGGGACAGGCGCCGCAAAAGACCAUUACUGAUGAAGAAACGAUACCGUUACAUUAAGAAAUGUUAAGAUAUUUGUUAUAAGUUGUUUUAAGCUUCUUGUAGUCAAUUUUGUCAGCAUAAUAGCUAUGAGACUAUUAAUUUAAUCUUAGUUUUCAUUUUUUAAAUUUCAAUAUCAGUCUGUAACAAAUUUAAAUAUCUGUAUUUAGAUUUGUUUAUUCAUUUUUAUUUGUUUUACACAUUUAUGAAACUUGUACCGGUGUUUUUUAAACUUGUGAUUAUGAAUGAUAAUUUGUAUUAUGCCAAUUUAGAAA